AUGUACAACUCUGCUAGUCAGGAUCAAACUCAAGCGCCGACGCCUACCCCACCACCUCCGCCGCCGCUUCCCUCCCUUGCCCAGAAUGCAGAUGCGAAGACGUCCAAGCUUGUGUUGAAAACAAGAAACGCGCCACCGGGCUGGUCUUACAUGUCGCCAAACCCGCCCCGGCGUAUAGAUUAUUCCAAACUUCAAACUGGCCCAUACUUUUUUUACGGCACGCUGAUGGAUCCCAGAAUGCUUAUGGAGAUCUUGCAGUUGGACCACGAGCCGAUAUUACGAUCAGCACAGAUAGUCGGAUAUGCGUGCAAGCUCUGGGGCCAGUAUCCUGCUAUCGUCGAUGGAGAAAUGAACGCCAUUGUUAAUGGUGCUGCGUACCAUGUCGAAAGUGUUGAGCAUGCUAGGAGGCUGGCUGAUUAUGAAACGUGCAACUACCACGCAAAAGCUUGUAGGAUCUUCCACACCGAUGGGAACCAACCUGAAGAGCAGCAUGGUCGGGUUUUUUUGUUCGCAGAAAAUCUGAAUGACCUAGAGGCUGGUGAAUUUGACUUGUCAGUAUGGCUGAAACGAGUUGGAAGAUAG